AUGACCAGCGCGGGCAACUUAUUUCGUCCCCUUCAAAAGCUGGACCGCUUGCCAGAGUUAACGCGGCCUGCCAUCUGGUAUGUCAAGAAGCAACGUGUCAGGGACGCGGGCUACCCAGCGGUGAAAGGGGAUGGCAGCUACUUGCAGAAAGCGACCCCGGCCGAGGAAGAGGAGACCGACUUGUUGACGGAGACUGGGCGAGCUGUAGGUGAUGCCACCAAGUUUGUUGGCGGUGCUGCUUUUGGAGGCGUGGGCCUCGUUACGGAUACACUGGGCAUCACCAAGAAUGCCGAGGAGACACGAUGGGUUGUUGAUUGCUUCGAUACUCUGAAGCCUCUUACCGACAAACUCGCUGCGACGGCUGAGGACGCCGUGGACCUGGUCGGGUCAGGAGUCAGCAGCGUGGUGGGGGCUGUGGACCAGGUGACCAUAGGUGACCCAGAAGCAGCAACAACCAACAAGAAGUCCCGCUUAGACGAUUGUCGUACUUGUAUGCAGAAUGCAGACAUCGCGCCGGACGGGGCUGAGUUCAAUCUUCGCUGGAGGUGCUGGCCACUUUUUGUCCUCCUCGCUACGUUAAGCAGUGCAUCGGCAAACUAUGUUGGGAUCGAGCAGGAGGUGGCUGAAAUGCAGGUGACGCUCUUGCAAGCAAAGCUUCAGCUUGGAAAAGCGAUGGUCGAGACGGACAAAAGCUACGUAGGCUCCAAGAAGACUGCAACCACAUCCGACUUCUUGCAUGGAGUACAUGAGCUUGAGCGCCGUAUAGCGUCGCUCGAAUCUCGCCUCGACAACCUUGCAACAACAAGCACGCCCUGGUUCUUGCAGCCCUUCGACAGCCUCGUGAGCAUCUCAAGAAAGUUCGGGGACUUCGUCGGGGACCUGGUGCUUCAUCCCCGGAGCUUUGCCUGGCAGCAGUUUGGGGUCUUUUGCUUAUGUUUGGCAGGCGUGAUGGCGGGGGGACUGCAGUUCCAGCAGCACCGAUAUCUGAGUGAGAAGACCGGAGGAGCUUCUGCAACUGUUCUGGGGUUUGCAAUCAGUAUGGCCUCAGUCUUCAUUGCAGGUGCGAUUUGUCAUCCCUUGAUUCCGUGGUUGCUGCUCCUACUUUGGUGUUGGAUUCUGCGGGCCACGCGGCCGAUACCAUAG